AUGCUUGGCUCGGACGCUGACCGACCAGCCCGGGAUGUAGGCUCAUCUUCCAUCUAUUCGCGCGUCCCAGUCACUUCCGGCCCCUUCGGUAGCGCUCCGCCCCCGUCCGCCUCGAGCGCAAUGUCCCCUCCCACCGCGCCAGCUCGACCCUCACAGCUCGACUAUCCCUUGUUCCGCCGGUCACAAACUCCGGAAACGUCCUUCGCAAAGGCCCAAUCUGGUCGUGCGUAUCGUGCCGGCGCGGGAAGCGUCUCUCAAGCUCCGUCGGGCCCCGAGCCAUCCAAGUUCGGCGGCUUGUCUCGCGGUCCCCCAGCAAACCAAUAUCCGGACAAGCCCAACCCUACGCAUCCGUCCCCACAGCUUCAUUCUGCAUCGACAGAGCCCCCUUACAAUGAGACGCGCCGCCUGAGUUUCAACGGUCCCGUCCCUCGCCCUAACAGCCAGCCGCAACACCUCGAACGCUCGACGCGAUCGGCAGGUUAUAGCCCACUUUCGCGACCGAUGGGAGCCCCGGGAGCUGCCGAUCACCAGCUGAGUGCAGGUCACCAGCGAGCGUCGUCUUACAUGGGGCCCGAGUCACAGCACAACCGGUUUGGCAAUCUCUACGGAGACCGUCACGUGGAGGAGCAGGCGCAUCGGGAAAGAGAGAGAACCGUGGCUCACGAGACGGAAUCGAAACCACCUCAUCCCCAUUCUCGAUACGGCCCUCCCUAUGGCGAGCGCGACGUCGCUGGAAACCGUUCAUCUGCUGCAGCUGCAUGGGAUCUGGGCCGCUCGCAACCGCCCUCCCCGGAGACCAAGCGCUUUUCGGCGCCCGAGCCUGCUCCCGGGUUCGGAUUUGGUGCCAUUCAAAACUACACGAAGUCGUUGGGGUCCCAGCCCGGGGGUUCUCGACAGCCAUCGUUGUCUGCGCAAUCGCGACAGAGCCAGCCCACUCCAUCGACUGAGCAACAACCGUACCUAAGCAAGCUACAGACGGAACCCCGCCAUUUUGCCUCUGCGACCUCCGGGGGCCCGUCGUCCCUCAUUCAAAAUGCGUCGGCUGACGAUCAGCGGCGCAAGGGCAGUGACGAGCUUCUACAUCAUCGAAAUCUCCUGAGCAUCGGCCUUGAUGCCAAACGAGGCGGCCGCGCCUCACCGUUGCCUCAGGCCGUACAGGGGGCCCAAGCCCAGAUCCUCGGACCUACUGGAGAAGCUGGUAUCAAGAAUGAGCUGGGGCGGGUGUUCUCUGGUAUUGGAAGUGGUGUUGGCGGUGUCACUGCUGCGAGUGCCGGCAGUGGGUCUUCCACGCCGAUGAUGGCGGCCAGUCCCUUCAAGCGUGAUAGCAUCGCCGGUCGGUCUACCAACAGCGAAGCAACGCUGGACGAGUCUAAGAUCAAUCGGCCGACGUCAACUACCGGCAAGCGGUCUCGAAAAUCUCGAGACGAGGAUAGUAGGGCGGAUGUGGAAGCGGGCGCAGAUCGUGUGGGAGCGUCGGCCAGCAGCAGACGAGGCCGGCAUCUUCACCAUCACCACCAUCAGUACGUGAUUGACUGUUUCCCCUUUGAUCGUGUUAAUUUACUUGACAUUUUCUCUGAUCUCAUCAAACCUCCUGGCUUCACUCGAUCAUAUGCUAAUGUUCUCAGUCACCACCAUCACAGGCCUAAACCUGAAGAAGACACUGCUGCUUUGAGCGGCCCUCAUCGCCCCGUAUCAUCUAUGAAUUUCUUCCAUCGUACAUCCACGCCGGCCGACACAGCUGCCUCUGGACCUUCACUUGGCCAUCACCACCACCACCAUCAUCACCAUCAUCACCAUGCACCCCGCCCCGCUGCUGCUGCCGCCAACGCCGCGGCGAUGUCGCCGAUGCGUGAGCCUCGGACUGUGGUCACGAUUGAACCGGUAGUCUCAAGCGUUGCCCAUCUUCCACGGCACCAUCUCGGAUCCACCCUGUACGACCCCCGAAUUAGUGUGCCUACGGAGAAAGCCACGCUGGAAAGCGCCAAAUUUGGAUAUACUACCACACCCCUUCCGAUCCCUCGGUUUGAAGGGAAGGAAAACUGCACGUUUACUAUUCGUGUGCCGCGCUUCCGCAUUGACUCGGCUCAUCGCGAGGAGAUCUGUGCGCGACGUGCGCUUUGGGGCACGGGUAUCUACACCGACGAUUCCGAUCCCGUCGCCGCGGCUGUGCAUUCGGGCUUCUUUCGCGGUGCCUGGGGGCAGGAGAUCGAUGUGGAUCUGCUCGACUUGGAGAUCAAGGAUAAUUAUCAACAUGCACCGAAGACGGCGGAGGAUAUGGGUCUGUCAGAAGGCGAGCGAGCCCGAGUUCCGCCCCCACCCCCCUCCGACAAGGACUUGCACAUCACAAUCCUGAUACUACCGAAGUUGGAGCGGUAUGAUUCCAGCGUACUUUUCGGAUUGAAAUCACGGUCGUGGGAAGGCACUCACGACGGAAUGAGCUUCCGGGUGCUUCGCGUAGAGUGGGUUGACGAGGGUGUCGGCCGCGGCGAGCAACGCGGCGGCGAGGCUCGACGAAAGCGCUUGCGCAACCUGAUGCAGUCGGGGCGGAUCUGCACUGGGCCCGGUGUGAUCAAUUUGGAUCAAUUUCGCAGUGGAAUCCAAGUGCCGCGACGCAAGAAUGGAGUGAUGGACAAGCCUGAGUCGUCUGCGCCAGUUCAGACUGUUUCUUGA